GACACAUUUCACUGUGAUCAGCCGAGAGCAAACACCAUGGCUAUAUUUUCAUUUUUAACACCUGUUCUUGCAGCAGUGAUAUGUGUUUUGAUUGUGAUAAUAUUACAGAGCAGGAAAAAGUCUAAAGCAAGCAGUGCACAGAGUAAUAAGAAUAAUAAUAUAAAACAGGAAUCUCGGCCGUGGGUGGAUGAAGAUCUGCAGGACAAUACAGACAUUGUGGCUGAUGAAGAUGGGAAAGAUGAUUGGCAAGACGAGGAAGAAGAAAAUCUUCAACAUGUCCCCUUCACAGUGGUACGUUACCCUGAAAUGGAAAUGGUAAACAGAUCAAAGGAAUUUUUUGAACUUCUCAACCAAAGGAGGUCUGUAAGAUUCAUCAGCAACGAGCCUGUUCCCAGAGAAGUAAUAAACAACAUCAUCAGAGCUGCAGGGACAUCGCCUAGCGGAGCACACACUGAGCCUUGGACAUUUGUAGUUGUUGAAGAUCCAGAGGCAAAACAUAAAAUCCGGGAAAUUAUUGAGGAGGAGGAAGAGAUAAAUUAUCACAAAAGGAUGGGCGAAAAAUGGGUUAAUGACCUGAGGAAACUGAGAACCAACUGGGUGAAAGAAUAUUUAGAUACUGCACCCUUUCUAAUACUUAUCUUCAAACAAGUAUAUGGGUUGCAUUCAGACAAUAGGAAGAAGACUCAUUAUUACAAUGAGAUCAGUGUUUCUAUUGCAUGCGGCAUUCUCUUGGCAGCCAUUCAGAAUGUGGGAUUGGUGACUGUAACCACAACUCCACUUAACUGCGGCCCUCGUCUCAGAGUACUACUUGAACGUCCUGUCAAUGAAAAAUUGCUUAUGCUGCUUCCUGUAGGUUAUCCAAGUAAAGAUGCAACGGUACCGGACUUGAAAAGGAAACCACUUGAAGAUAUUAUGGUUGUUGUUUAAGAGUACCUAUAGUAACAGAUUGUUACAGAAAAAAGAGAAUGAUGCAUAACCAACACUAUGUCCUAAGAAUUAAUUCAUUACCUUGUUGUACUUUAUAAAUUGAAGACCUAUGGCUUCAGCUACAUAAUUUUUAUACAUACUAUCUAUAAAAAUAACUGUUCUGAAAAUUAAAAGAAAUGCAUGGUUAAUAAACAUCGCUAGUGUUUA